CUGCUGAAAUCCCGAAGAACCAGAAGAGAAAGAAGCGGAUAACACAGUCAGUUGCACAGCGCGAUGCGCACCGCAUAGUAAAGUUCAUUUUAGUCACUCUUUGCUCAAAUCAGACACGCGUUUGGAUUUACUCCGUCAGACAGACCUUGUCAUUUUCGUCACACAAAUCCCGAAAGGAGAGAGCUCACAACCAUACUUUUCUCCUAAGGAAGAUUGUGUUGCUCUUAUUUAAUCCGCGUUAAAGUUUCUAUCAUCUCCCGUUUAUUUGUUUCGGGGUCCAUCUAUAGGAGCGUAUUGGACGUUUCAUGCGACACACUCCAUCUGACCCCUCCGCGCGACCGCACCGGGACAGUGGAUACACGGGACAUUUACCGAUCGAGGCUGGACUACACGACGUAAUUUGAAUGCCUUUGCCGGGACUUUGCUGGCUUGUGUGCUGCAGACAAGGCUUUAGUUUGUUGUCUCGGGAUCAUGGGGAGAAAGAGGAGGAAGAGUCUUUCGAGUUACGCAAUCAGGACGGGCAAACGCAAACGGGACGGGGGCAGCUGGAGGUCACCCUGGCUCCGCCCACCCGCUCAGUCAACGGCACUCCCUGUCUGUCGGGGGUCUCUGAGGAGAGAAGAAGCCUCAUCAAAGAGAAGAGUAAGAUGAAGAUGGAGCAAGACCCUGAGGUGCUCGUGAAGGGUUGGCUUCUCCGGGAGGUGCAGGGCGGAUGGCUCAGGCAAAGGAGGUUCUGGUUCGUGUUGACGGCCGAUUCCCUCGACUACUACAGCGGCCCGGAAAGAGACGCUCGCAGACUGGGCACGCUCGUACUCACCUCCCUGUGCUCCGUGCUGUGGCCCGACAAACACACCUACAAACAGACAGGUUACUGGAGUUUGACGGUGUAUGGCCGAAAACACUGCUACAGGCUCUUCACUAAGCACUAUAAUGAGGCUGUACACUGGGCGUGUGCCGUGCAGAAAGUCAUAGACAGCAAAGCCCCAGUGGACACGCCAACCCAACUCCUCAUACGAGACAUUGAGGAAAAUAAAUUCAAUCCCGAGGUUGUGGAGCACAUCUAUCAACAUAAUCCUAUCCUGAGGUACACGCAGAGCCCUCUUUACGCCCCACUGCUGCCUUUCCCCUACGGUAACCUCCACCACACACAUAUUGCCAGUAAAGGCUACACAUCUAUCCGCGAGGAGGCCGUGAGGCUGUUUAACUGCCUUCAGCAGUUGGAGGCUGCCCACGAGCCCAUUCCUCUAAUCCAGGGAAUCCUGCAGACCUGCCUGGACCUCCGGCCGCUCCGAGAUGAGUUGUACUGCCAGCUCAUCAAACAGACCAGCGUUACCAGCACGCACACGCAAAGCCAGACACAGCCGAACCCGAGGCUCAGAUACUGGCAGCUGCUGACCUGCAUGAGUUGCACCUUCCUGCCCAGCAGCGGCAUACUCAGAUACCUGCGCUUUCACCUAAAGAGAGUUCAGAGUUUGAGUUUGGAUCCAGAGGUGGAGAGCUACGCAUCAUUCAUAGCCCAGGCUCUGGAGAAGACGCGCGGCCGUGAGUGUGUGCCCUCAUGGGAGGAGAUCCAGGGGCUGAUGGGAAGGCAGGAGAUACUGUGCACUCUGCACUACCCUGGGCCAGGCUGCUGCCAGAUGCCGAUCACUUCACACACUACCGCUAAUGAGGUUGUGAGGAGGAUGGCGGAGCGCCUUGGGCUGCAGGACAGCCGAAACACGUUUGCUCUCUUUGAGCAAAAUGGAUGUUGGGAGAAAGCUAUCGGAGGAAACACCAUCAUUGCUGACGUCAUCACCAGAUUUGAAAAUCUGUCAGCUAAAGAGCCAGAUUCAGACUGCCAAUGGAGAUUGUGCUUUAAACUGUACUGUCUGCUGGACACAGAUAACAUCAGCACAGACAGCAUCGAGUACCUCUUUCUCUACGAGCAGUGUCAUGAGAUGGUGGUGCGAGGGCAGCUGCCAGCCUGCGAGGAUGACCUCCUUUCCCUGGCGGCGCUCAGACUGCAAUGCCUUCUGGGAGAUUUCAGCGCCCUCUCUCCGUACCCGCCUUUGGAGCAGCUCUUCCCCGCCGAGGUGGUGGAAGCCCGGGCCCUGCUGGCCCCUGUGGAACCCCCUGGCUGCCCUUCCUUCCCCGGGGGCCUGCUGGCCGGGACGUUGUGGGGUCACAAGCGACGCCAAGAACAGGACCAAAGACUGCGGGCCAGGCUGAGGGAGGAGGGGACGGUGGUGAUGUCGGCCAUUUUAGAGCGCUGGAAAGCGUUGGUGGGAUACAGUCGCAGAGACACCAUGGCCGCCUAUCUCACUAUCGCACGGCAGUGGUCUGGGUUCGGCUGCACGCUUUAUGAAGUGGACUUUUACAUAAGUUCUACAGGAAGUUUCUCUCAGAAGUUGUGGCUGGGCGUGGCCGCUUCCUGCGUGUCUCUAUAUCGUCAAGGUGAAGCCGAAGCGUUGGAGUCUCUGCCUAUUGGUCAGAUCUGUUCCUACGGUGUCUCUGAUAGCAACACGUUCAGGAUCACCACAGGAGAUCGCGACCUGCUCUUUGAGACCACCAAGUUGACUGAGAUCAUGCAGCUGAUGAAUGCUUACUUCAGUGCCACCCGUCGCCAGCUAGGCAAGGAUGACUGCAUCACCAACCCUAAGCUCCACCCCUCCCUACUUGAGCUGCCCUCUCACCCGGUGUGAGGAACGAUGAUUUGCGCACACACAUGCACACACUCUGAUGUACACAUACGCAUACGCAGUCCUGGUUGAUUGCCUCUCUGAGGAGCUUUGCCACGCUGACAAACUCAGACGUGACUUUAGAUGCUCAUCCAGAAAAGGAGGAGAAGAUGCUGACCAAGAAAAUUUGGAUGGUGCCUGGGGAAACCAAAGAGACACAACGGUAGCAUUGCUACACCUCCGGUGAAAUCCAGAGGGGACACAGAGGCCUUCAAACGGACAAAACUUGGACAAUACAGCGGAAAAGCAUCACGACAGAGAGAGGUGUGCUGCAGGACGAGGAAGCAAACAAGCUGCCAUCACACUUAUGCACACGCACACUCGCUCUCCUUUCAGUGUUCCCCAGAGGGUCCGGUUCCACUCGCUGUUAAACUCAUUCAUCAAACCUUACAUGACCUUGUAACUGAGUGCACGUCACUUGUCAUUGCUCAGACUUUCAGAACCGAUGACGAUGUCUGUGUGCUUGUGUGUGCGAGAGAGAGAGCGAUUGUCUAAGCUGUAGAACUGAAACCAAAGGAUCUUUAGCUUGAGUGUAUUUGUGAAACGUGUUGAGCCUGGUGCUGCUUGACUGAGCUGUUAGCUUACACUAACUCUACACUGCACGACCUGUAGCCACAACAGUGUGUGAUCCUUAGACACGGAUAAAACAAGCUUGUUCAGAUGCCCCGUUGCAUUCUGGUACUUGUGAAGGUAAAUGACGAACUUCUCAUUGCGUAUUAUAGACCUCUGUUUUGAAACACUGAAGAUAGACAAAUAAUCAAACACUAUUGUUAUGCAACGUUAUCGUCCCAUAAUAUACAGUACAUUUCCAUAAGAGCCUAGCUUUUAGCUUUUUUGUGCUUUAUGAAGCCGGACGUCUUGUUUAUGUUAGCUUGAUGACUAACAGCUCAAGUCUUUCAUCUGCUGAAAGUGCAUAUUGUCCCAUUGUGUGUAUGUGUUAUCUUUCUGGUUUUAUUUAUGGCUGUUUGUGUGAAUGAGUUUUUAUGUUCUUUUUAAAUUUUGUUUUAUAUAUCUUUCAUAAAGACCUGUAUUCGUAUUUCAGUGCUUGGGUUAAGAGCUGAUGAUGUCAUAGUUAAUUUAUGGCAUCAUUUUUAUAUACUUUUAUGUUAUUUGUUGAGUUUAUCUUCCCCCACGUGGCAAGGUCUACAACGGCAACAGAUCAUUGUUUAAUAGUUUGUUACGUAGAUGCAGUAUGCAUUCACUUGAUUUUUUUGUCACCAAAAAUGAAGUUAUUCGCCCCAUCACACGGACCAAAUAUAGAGGUUAUAGGGUUUCUCCUCCUCAGUUUCUAACGUGUUCCCCUUAAAUGACUGCCAAACUAAAGCAAUAAAUCCUGCCCAGUUAUCCUAAAGCCAUUAUUAGUAUCACUUAAAGUUGCCUUCAGAGCAGCCACCAGUGCCUGUGAAAAAUUUAGCCUGUACAAUCUAUGUCUUUCAUAACAUCCGUCAUUCUGUUGAUCGUUUUAUGUAUAGGCCGACUUUGGGUUUGUGGUGUGCACUAUCUUUGUUAAAUGGCAGUCUGUCUGCCUCAAUACAAAUCUGAAAAAGGUUACCAACUACUUGAAGUUCAAAGAGGGCAAUCGCAACUUUGUUUUGUUUCUUUUUCUCUUUGCGCAAAUGUUUAAAAUGUGUCUUCUGCCCUACUCAAGUGUGUUUCUAUUACAGCGCCCGUGUUAUUCUUUUCUUUAAUGUCACUCUGCAGCUGCAGGCAGCUCCGUCCACUGUCACGUGUGUGUGAACGCGAAUGACGACCUGAUGCUUUAGACGGUUUGUUAUGCUGCAUGGUACCUUUCUCAUUAUGUUACAUGUGUAUUGCACUAUUGUUUGUACAGCUAACUUAAAUGUGCAAUAAUGCAAAAUGAUGAAUAUUGUAUGAAAUAAAAAGCAGCACCAUUACACCAUCA